CGUGGAGCAGCACCGCGGUGCGUCUGUCUCAGCUCAACAAUUUUCCAUAGUGUAGCCAUAAGUAUGAUUAAAAAUUCCUCAAUGCCUUUUCAUUCCUGGAUUUAUCAUUUUCUUCGGUUAUAUUUAGAUUAGCGGGGUUUUUUUUGUUUUUAUUUGUGAGUUUUAUUUAUUUUGAGUUUUAGGUGAGCAUGUGCGUAAUUUUGCGAGGAUUGCCGAGGUGCCACCGGGAGUGAGUUAGGCAAUAUGCGCCGCUGGGAUAUGAUUUUCAACCGAAAGGCUUAUGGAAUAUAGCCAGGUUUGUCACAGCCUGUAUGCCCUCUGGUCAAGCCCCGUGAAGAAGAAACUAAUACUGCUCAGCAUCAUGUUUUUAAUCUGGGUAUACAUGCUGUACUCCUGCGUGGGCUACUGCUCCACCAUGCCAAGUUUGGUGGUGGACAGUUACCGGGGCAAGGAGACCGGCUCGGCGGUGGGCAAGAGGACAGAGAGCGGCAGGACGGACCUGGUGUCCAGACUGCUGGCCAAACCGCAGCCGUGGGAGGAUAUAGAGAGCGACUAUGAGGAGCCGUCCAUCAGGACCGCCGCGUCCAGAGACCUGCUCAAUAACGAGCUGGAGACGGACAGAGCCGAGGAGUGGGACGAGAUGCGGCUCGACCAGCAGCAGAGAGCCCCGGAGCCCAGCGCCAUGUCCAGCUUCUCCAACGGCUCCGGGAGCAAGAAGCUGCCGCAGGCGAUCAUCAUCGGGGUGAAGAAAGGGGGGACCCGGGCUCUGCUGGAGUUUCUCCGGGUUCAUCCAGACAUCAGAGCCGUGGGAGCAGAGCCGCACUUCUUCGACCGCAACUACGACAACGGACUGGAGUGGUACAGGGAGCUGAUGCCCAAGACUCUGGAGGGCCAGAUCACCAUGGAGAAAACUCCAAGCUACUUUGUGACCAGGGAGGCUCCGGCCCGGAUCUCCGCCAUGUCCCGGGACACCAAGCUGAUCGUGGUGGUGAGGGACCCAGUCACCAGGGCUAUCUCAGACUACACACAGACACUGUCCAAGAAGCCCGACAUUCCCUCUUUCGAGAGCCUCACCUUCAAAAAUAGGACUACGGGGCUCAUCGACACCUCGUGGAGCGCCAUCCAGAUCGGCAUCUACGCCAAGCACCUGGACAACUGGCUGCAGUACUUCCCCAUGGACCAGAUCCUGUUUGUGAGCGGGGAGCGCCUGAUCAGCGACCCGGCCGGAGAGCUGGGCCGCGUGCAGGACUUCCUGGGGCUCAAGAGGAUCAUCACAGACAAACACUUUUACUUCAACCAGACCAAGGGUUUCCCGUGCCUCAAGAAGGCAGAGGGCAGCAGCAAGCCCCACUGCCUGGGCAAAACCAAAGGGAGGACCCAUCCCAACAUUGACCCUGAGGUGGUGCAGAGGCUACGGGACUUCUACAGGCCCUUCAACAUGAAGUUCUACCAGAUGACAGGACAUAACUUUGGUUGGGAUUGAUGUGAAAAUUAUGAGACUUCUUUUUUGUUAAUUUGUUGAGAAGUUUGUGUUUUUUUUUUCAUCUGUAAUUCAAUGGCAAGAUGUGGAGAUAUUGCUAUAUAUAUGUAAAAUGUACAGAAAUCUAUUUUAUAAUAAUUUAUUUUUAUUUCUAAGCAAUUAAUUCACUAAGCUGCCUAACCAUAUUUGUACAUAACAUCUGGCCCACAUGUUGUUUUUAACAUUCCUCAUUUUAAUUUUUGAACUCUCUCGCUCCUCCCUCGUGGUCCUGUAAACUCAGUGGAUUUAUCGGUGCUUCGGUAAUGCAGAUAAUCAGCGAUAACUGAAGGAGAAACUGGGGGUGGAACAUGUGAAAGCACCAUAUUACGGGUACAGAGUGCUCACAGAGAAGUGGAGAACAACCUAUCCAUGUGCAUCCCUCAUUUAUACAUGCAUCACAACUUUACUUUCAUCUUUUUCAAACCCUGUCAUUCUGAGUGUGAUUCUUGUAUAAGGUGUUUCACUAAAAUACAGACCCUCCCCUUAAGUUUUUUUUUUUUUUUAAAUCAUGCAAUUUUCCUACACUGGUAUCAGCCUAAGCUGCAGCUCUCAUGUCCCUUUCCACUCAAUAACAGGUAGAUCAAUAGGCCUAAUUGAUCCUCAUUGUGUCACUCAUGCUUAAAGUAUACAGCUGCCCUUUCAUUCUCAGUGCUCCUGCUGCCUGCUCUAAUGAAUGACCCAUCCAUCAAAUGUUAAAUCCUAUCCCAGACCACAUAAGGGCCCAUGUUAACAUUAUGCUAAUUGGGUAAAGGUAACUACAGGAUUGAUCGAGCCUCCGUUCUCCAGCUCCCCAUUAGGUGCAGUGUUGGCUUGAAGCCAGGCUCUUGCCCUAUCCAUUCAGUUCAAAGGUCACACAAAGUCUCAAUCAAAUUUCCUUGAGCGGCAUUUGAUUUGUUGUGGAGAGCGGAGCUGGAGCACAGCGGGUUGGAGGGGGAGGCGUAUGUGCCUUGUUUUCACAGCGAGAUGGAAAAUCUUUUUUUUUUUUUUUGCGUGUGGUAGCAGAGGCCUAUCUGUCAGAAAUAGAGCAUAAAGAUAGAAAAGAUGACAGACAGACAACAGCUUGGCUUCACGUCACCGAAAUAACAGGGGUCCACCAGGCCCCAUCUUAGAUCCUAGACUAAAGAGAUCAAAGGAAGAGGAAAGGUUUUUGUGAAGCACUCUCAGCACAGCAAGAAUUGCCUCAGGUGGGGUUUCAUUGUCUAACCUCUCUGGUGUCAUCAGAAAACCUCAUGUGCCAUCGUCCAUGGCCUAUAUACUUUAUGCCUUAUUCACCCUCCUCAUCCUCACAUGUCGCAUCUCUCCACCACAGAUCUCAACACUCAACUUGUUGCCAAAAAAAAAAAACAAAAAAACAAAAAAACAAACCUUUGGGUUGAUAUCACGUUUCGCCCCCCAUUGCUUCGUUGUUUUUGUCUUUCUGCUUGAAUUCUUGAUAUGCAAGAGGGAGAAAAUGCGUAGUUAUCAUUCUUUGAUGUGCUGCCCCAUCUCUCUGCAGCGAGGAGGGGGGGGCACGCUAUUUUAAGGGCACAGGGAGACGGCCGUGCUACGAUACCUUAUGCUGUGCUACGCUAUGCUAUGCAUGCUCAAUGUGGCGGCCAUUGUGAAAAUGCAGGGAUAAUGGGAAGGGAUUAUUAGCAUCCAGAGGAGGGCUUCUUGUGUUUAAGCAGAGCCCAGACUGAAUGUACACAACCUAUCCUCACAUCAAAGGUCCCUCAAAGCAGUUUUAAAAGUCAGACUGUCACUCAGUUUUAGUUCAAUUUGAUUGUCCUUCUUUCCUUUCGAAGUUAAGGAAAUGUUGUGCCUCUUCAACUAUCCUCUCCAAAACAGUUAGCCUACUCAUGUCAUUAAAACAGAUUAUGACCUUAAUUCUGUUUUCUCUUAUUUUCCAGUUGAAACCAGCUGCCUGGUUUAGCCUCAAACCAAUGGUAACAGGGGAGAUGGAGGCUUGUUACACUGUAUUUUUUUUGUAGUGCUAUCCUUUCACUCUGCCUGAGCGAUGAUUCUCCUAGUGAGAAUUUUAAGCCUUCAUCCCCCCUUCUCUCCUUAGUGCAAUGUUUGAUUAUAUAUAUAUA